GUCACUGUUAUUACUUCCUUGCACGCUGAAAGCCAGUGCAAGCCAACGAAGCAUCGGAGAGAGAUGCUGAACUCGCGCGUCGUCUCGCGCGUGCCGACUGCGUCGACCGGUCGUUCUGUGCGCAGCGUCGCCCUUCGCCCCACCAGCACCACUAGCUCUGCUCGUCUGGUGGCUGCGUCGGCCUCUCUGGGCGACGCGCUUGCUUCCGUCCCGCCCGAGGCUCUCGCCGCGGGCGCUGUCACGCUUGCCGGUCUGCUGGGCCUGGUCUACACCCAGAUGAACCCCGCGGUGCCCGGCGAGGGGGCUGCGGCGGUGGUUGAGGCUUCUGCCGGCGUGGAGGCGGAGGCCGAGGCCGUGCCGCCUCCCCCCCGCGAGAACGCAGUGCUGGUCCUGGGCGCCACCGGCCGCCUGGGCCGCCGCGUUGUUGCCAAGCUGCUGGCGUCCGGCCGCACGGUGGUGGCCGCGGCGCGCAGCCUGGACAAGGCGCGCGACGUGCUGCUGGGCAGUGGCGAGGGCAAGAUGGGUCUUACCGAGGGCCGCCAGCCGGGCGGUCGGCCGGGUGCCCUGUUCCUGGAGGAGUUUGACAUCACAAGCGUCGAGUCCCUGAAGCGCUCGGGCCUGUGGCAGGGCGUGAGCCAGGUGGUGCUGACGGUGGGCACUGUGUUUGGGCCGCUGCCCGAGGGCGGCUUCGGAGUCAUUGGCGGCAUGACCAGCGAGGUGGUGGAGGCGCAGGGUAUCUCCGCCCUCAUGUCUGUGCUGCCCGAGGUGCUGCCCAAGAAGGCGCAGCGCAGCAGCCGCCUGGUGCUGCCCAUGCGCACUGCUGAGGACCUGGCGGUGUGGAACAAGCUGGAUGACGUCAUCAUGGGCGGCGCCAGCGACAGCGGUCUGGAGCCCAUUAGCGAGGCGGAGCGCGAGGGGCUGGGCUGCGGCGGCGCGGUGUGGCGCGGCACGCUGAUCACGGAGGGCGGCGGCUUCUGCGGCACCCGCACCAACAAGCUGGGUCUGGACCUGAGCGGCUCUGACGGCAUCCACAUGCGUGUGCUGGGCGACGGCCAGACCUUCAAGAUGAACAUCAAGACGAUCGACCAGGAGGACGUGCCGGAGUCCACCUACCAGACCACCUUUGACACGGUGGCGGGCCAGUGGUCGGACGUGUACCUGCCCUGGCACAACUUCGUGGCGGUCAAGCGCGCACAGAGCGACCCCGAGGGCGUGCCCCUGGACCCCUCCCGCAUCUCCAAGCUGGGUCUGGUGCUGAGCCGCUUCGAGUUCAACAAGGCGCCCAACCCCGACUACAAGCCCGGCUCCUUCGCGCUGCUGCUUGCGGACGGCAUCAGCGCUUACACGGACGUGCGGCCGCAGGUGGUCAUGAUCUCGUCUGCGGGUGUGGAGCGUAACGCCAUCAUUGGCGACGAUGAGGUCAAGCGCAUGCAGGACAUCCCCAUCGUGCAGCUGAACCCCAACGGCACGCUGAACCACAAGUACACGGCGGAGAUCGCGGUGCGCUCCAGCGGCUACCCCUACACCGUGGUGCGCUCCACCGGCAUGAUCGACAGCAUGGAGGGCGGGCCCUUCCUGCCCGACGCCGACCAGGGUGACGUUAUCAUCGGCCAGAUCAGCCGGGAGGAGGUGGCGGAGUGCAUGGCUAUGGCUGCCAACAUGCCCGAGUCCGCAUACAAGACGUUCGAGCUGCGCCGCAACGAGGGCCCUGAGAGCAAGGGCAAGCGCUCAGCCACCGCCCGCGACUUCCAGCGCCUCUUCCUCAAGCUGACACAGGACAAGUACCGCUGGCGUGUGGGUCUGCAGCCCAUGCCCAAGGCCGUGCCGCCGCCGCCCCCCGUCACGGACGAGCGGCGCGCGCAGAUCGUGGCGCAGGUGGCGGUCAUCCGCGGCCAGGCACCCCCUGCCGCGCCCGCGCCCGGUGACGGCGCCAACGGCUCGGCCGCGAUUGCGGAGAAGAAGGAGAAGGUGGAGACGAAAGAGCCCGUUGGCGCCAACGCGUAAAAGCGUCCCUGGCGUGCCGGUGAUACGGUACUGCUUUGAAAGCCUGCAUUGCAUUUGGAUAGAUGAGACGAGAGCACAUCCGAGAGCGAAAUAUGUGAGAGGUGAUAACAGAACUCUUGUAUGGACCCGUUUUUGUGUGAAGGGUGUUACCGUGUUGCAGUUGAAAGCGUGUGAGAGAAUGCCCUUGAAAGCGCUCCUCGAAAGCGCAUGAUUUUUCCGCUGCUCGACCAGGACAGGAUACCACCCCUGCAUAUUGCGUCAGAGGGGCGGAGAGGGACACAUUUUUGCGGGCGGCCCUUGCGUAUUCUUUAUGAGGAGCUCUGCUUGGCGGCCCCGGGGUUGAAGAGCACGAAAGGGCACGCGUUGAGCGUGUCGGUUGGGCAAGGCGGUUGGGUUUCACCCGCCGUCAGGCUGUGUGAGAUAUCCGUAUCCUUGGCAUGGUAGGCUAGAAUACGGUGGACAUACCUUGGCAGUUGGCACGACGUUGCCGAGUAGGUAGUACAGAUGAAGCUGGACAUGCCCGGACUGAAGAUCUGAGCCUUGGAGUUGGAGAUUGGAACAUCGCACGCAGCUGUGCGACUGGGCCGGUUCUUGGCACGCACCUGUGAAAGCCACGAAGCACA